AUGGCGCAAACUAUAGCGGUUCCUGGCCAACUGCUCGGCUCUGCAGAAAAAUACGCCGCCGGCGCUGGCACACAUAUCCAAGACUCAAAUCUGUAUUCGUCCCUUCUGGGUACGGUUGCCGUCGAGCAACCCGAGAAGGCGCCCGGUCCCGCGAAGCGACUCACCAAGAUCGAGGCGUUGAAGACGCCUGCGACACUCCCUACGAUAUCUGUCUCGAGAUCCGGCAUCUCGGAGAAGCGCGAGGUCCUGCCCGAGGUUGGAAAUGUGGUCUUGUGUCGGGUAACACGGAUACAGCCCCGCCAGGCCAGCGUCGCAAUCCUGGUGGUGGGAGAGACGGUGCUGGAAGCUGAGUGGCAGGGUGUCAUACGUUCGCAGGAUGUCAGAGCGACGGAGAAGGACAAGGUCAAGAUCUAUGAAAGCUUCAGACCAGGCGACAUCGUGAGGGCGCAGGUGAUUUCCCUUGGUGACCAAGCCAACUACUAUCUGUCGACUGCGAGCAACGAGCUAGGUGUGAUCAUGGCAACGAGCGAAGCAGGCAAUGUCAUGUUUCCCGUUAGUUGGAAGGAGUAUAGGGACGCAGACACCGGACUUAGUGAGAGUCGGAAAGUUGCGAAGCCAUUCUAG